UUUCCAUUUUUGAGACCACUGUUCCAACCAGAAACGCAUGGAACAUAAACACUGAUUAACUAAUCCUCAUAGUAAAACUCAGCGAAUUGCAAAUGCCGGCCAUGGAAAUUAUUGCUCCAAGGAAAGUGGGUAAGAAAAUUUUUGCGGCCAAGAUGCCAACUUUGAAAAACAAUGAGACUUAGAUGUGAGAAAUGGGUAACUACAAGUUGCAGGAACCUUGAUUAUCGACGAGCGUAAAUGAAGGCGAAACCCUAGCCAGCCUUUCACAAGGGGCAACGGAAAAGGCUAGCAGGGAAGAGCAAGAGAGAUUGAAAGAACGGACAAAGGACGCACUGUCGAAGAAGACCGAAUCUGGUUCUCGAAUGGUUCCAAUUCAAGGACGCAGCACGAAAGAAUGCCUGCUCGAUUUGCUCAUUUCGAAGCUCAAGAGCGUCAAGAGGCUCCUCCUGGUGUUGAAGUAGCUGAGCAAUCCACUGAGGGAGAGCAGAAGUUUGAAGAUUGGCCAAUGUUUCAAUUGUUAUUCUUUGCACAUAGUAUGGUAAUGCCCCAAUCUCAUUGCUUUCUUUAUUAGCAACGAGUAAACUUCUUUUGAAGAUGACUUGCGUUUUGUCUUAUUUUCAGGUUCUUCAACUUGACUAUUCUGGGCGAGGCAUACCUGAUUAUGUUUUACGUUCUACCUUAGCUGUGUCUCCAGUGAAGCAUGCCUGUAUUAAAUACUUUAUCCCUAAAUGGUGCUUAUGGCCUUUCAGAUGUUGGACUUAGAUCAGAUGUUUAUAAAUCUCUCAUUUUUCCUUUUUUUUUUUUUUUUCAAAUCCUAGCCCCUCGUCCUUCCUCCAGUUCAUCCCUGCCAUUCUUUCUCCUAGCCAACAAAUCCACUCGGCAAUUUCACCAGAUCAUUCGUUGUCACUCUUCCUCCUCACCCGUCGGUCAUCGCCCAUCACCAACGAAUCGUCACCAUCACUAGCCAGUUCUUUUCUUUCUUCCUCAUCUGCUUAGAUCUGCUCCCUCUCCUACAUCCAAUAUUGGGCCUCUCACUUGUAGAUUUGUCGCCAUCGCGAUCGGUCCCAAAUGUCGCCGCCUCCAUCGCCACGUCGCUUCCUCAUCUCCAUCUUCGUCCAUCUAGCCUGGACAUGAAGGGUCUGCAUCGAAUCUGGAUUUGGAGGUUCUGCAUCAAUGGUGACAGAACUGAUUCAAAUCUCCGAUGACGGAUCUGAUUCAGAUCUCCAAUGACAGAUAUGAUUUCAGUGGCCCGUGGUUUGAGAACGACGACCGCAAUUUCAUAUCCCCGCUUUGAGAACAACGACGAUGAUUUUCAGAUUUUGAAUUGGUUCACUCGAAAGCCAGCUUGUAAUCGGGGAUGUAUGGCUUUGAAGACACCACCAACAAUGCAUGACCUCCGCCACUACCACUGCCUUUCUGCUUCUUCUGGUUACCGAACAAGAGGCCCCAAACAAGGGUUGCAAAGAAUGGAUGGUGGCGGUGAUGACGAUUUGAUGGCAGCUUCUCUACCAGGGGAACUCAUGAUAUAGAAGGAGUUGUUGGUGUGUAGAAAGAAGUGUGAAGUUGAGAUCAUGUGAAGAAGGUUGAAUGGUGGGAUGAGGAGAAUGUCCAAGUGAAGGCUUCAUUUAUAGAAACACGAAAAGAUUUUUUCUGCAAUCAUGUAAUUAAAGUUGGUUAACUAAAACUAGAUGCAUUGUUGAUGGAAAAACUCAUUUAUGUUUAAAGUUGGAUAAACAUUUGAUGACACAACUCACAGUGAUUAAAGUUUGAUGAACAAUUGAUGGUACAACUCAUAUUGAUUAAAGUUAGAUAAACAAU